CGCCAUCCGCCGUGUUAUGGGCAACAGUUCUAGCAGCCACCAUCGCAAGCACCACCACCACGACGACCAGCGCCGCCCCGACAACCGCUACGCCUCCCACUCCGGCCCGCUCCCCCGCCCCGCUCACUCCGCGCCUGCCGGUCCCGCGUAUUCCGGACCCGCUCAUUCCGGCCCCGCGUAUUCCGGUCCCGCCAGCCCCGGCGCCGCGUGCCAGCACCACAGCGGCGGCGUCAGCAGCAGCAGCGGCGGCGGCGGCGGCGGCGAGUCGUACAGUCGCAGCAGCUCGUUCGGAUACUCGCGCGCGCUGCAGCAGAAGUACGGCAUCAUCCCCGACACGUUCCGUUCCAUCGCGCAGGUGCAGGAGAAGCUGCGGGAGGUGGGGUUGGAGUCGAGCAACCUCAUCGUGGCCGUUGAUUUCACCAAGAGCAACGAGUGGACCGGCAAGCAGAGCUUCAAUGGGCGCUCACUGCAUGCAAUAGCACCAGGUGCAUCAAACCCGUACGAGCAGGCCAUUGACAUCAUCGGCCAGACGCUCUCCGCCUUCGAUGAAGACAACCUUAUCCCCUGCUAUGGCUUCGGGGAUGUCUCAACGCAUGACAAGGCAGUGUUUGCCUUCAACGAGGGGCAGCGGCCCUGCAACGGCUUUGAGGAGGCGCUGCAGCGAUACCGUGCUAUCACCCCCCUCGUGCAGCUCUCAGGCCCCACGUCGUUUGCCCCGGCGAUAGAGGCGGCGGUGAGGGCGGUGGAGGAGAGUGGCGGGCAGUACCACGUGCUGCUCAUCAUUGCUGAUGGCCAGGUCACUCGCAGCGUUGACACGCCACCAGGAGUGUUCAGCAGGCAGGAGCAGGCCACUGUUGACGCCAUCGUUGCUGCCAGGUCGGUCUCUGUUGCUGCCAGCAACUACGCGCUGUCAAUAGUGAUGGUGGGGGUGGGCGACGGCCCGUGGGACACGAUGGAGGAGUUUGACGAUGCUCUGCCGCAGCGCAACUUUGAUAACUUCCAGUUUGUCAACUUCACUCAGGUGAUGGCAGCAGAAAAGCCAAGAUUCGACCCAGAUCCAGCAGUCCAAGCUCUUUGUCAACUUCACGCGGGUCAUGGCAUCAUCACGCGCGCCGGAUCAGCGCACAGCACUCUCUCAACACUCAUGGUCAUGCCUCUCCCUCCCCCCCUCUCCGCCCCUUUCCCUCCCCCCACAUCAGUUUGUCAACUUCACGAGGGUAAUGGCAUCAUCACGUGCACCAGAGCAGCGGGCGGCACUCUUUGCCCUCUCUGCGCUCAUGGAGGUGCCUCAUCAGUACCGCGCCUGCACCGAGCUGGGACUCCUGGGACUGCCCCUCUCUUUGCCGUCUCAGCGCUCAUGGAGGUGCCUCAUCAGUACCGCGCCUGCACCGAGCUGGGGAUGCAGGGUCGCCCCAUGGGACGCUUGCCACCAUCAGCCCCCAAGGAGCCCCCUCCACGCGUGCGAGCAGCAGAUGCUGCAGCAGCCCAAGCUGCAUCCCUCGCUGCUGCCAACAUUCCCCCGCACCUCAACCCUAAUAAUCUCAACCCAUCCGACUUCAACCCCGGCAACACUCCUAACCCCUUCGGAAACUUCAUGGACGCCCCUGCUGCUUACGGCUAUGGCGCUGGCAGCUCUGCCACACCCACAGGCGCUGCUGCUGCUGCUGACUCUGCGUCGGGCUCUGGUGGUGCGUCAGCAGCAGGAGGGGGGACGGAGUGCCCGGUGUGCCUCAUGUACCCCAAGAACACUGCCUUCCAGUGCGGCCACCAGACCUGUGAGGAGUGUGGCAAGCAGAUGAACAAUUGCCCCAUAUGCCGUGCACCCGUUACCAUGCGCAUCAAGCUGUACAGUUAA